UGGUAAGGUUCUGGAGUUGGGAGAGGGGAUCGGCUUGCUGGACAAGUCUGAGCAGUGUUAGUGAGAGUUUAUAAGAGCAGAAACAGUCUGUGUUUUCCAUGCGACAUAGGAGAGACAGCUAGGAGAGGCAGAGAUGGCAGACAUACGGAAGAAACUUGUGGUUGUGGGAGACGGCGCAUGUGGGAAGACAUGUCUACUGAUCGUGUUCAGCAAGGACGAGUUUCCAGAGGUGUAUGUUCCCACUGUGUUUGAGACGUAUGUGGCGGACAUAGAGGUGGAAAACAAACAAGUCCAGCUGGCUCUGUGGGACACCGCCGGACAGGAGGACUACGAUCGGCUGCGCCCACUCUCCUAUCCGGACACCGACGUGAUCCUGAUGUGCUUCUCCGUGGACAGCCCGGACUCGCUGGAAAACAUCCCCGAAAAGUGGGUCCCCGAGGUGAAACACUUCUGCCCGAAUGUUCCCAUCAUACUGGUGGCCAACAAGAAGGAUCUGCGCAACGACGAGAACGUGAAGAACGAGUUGUCUCGGCUGAAGCUGGAGCCAGUGAAGGCGGAGGACGGCCGCGCCAUGGCCAUGCGCAUUGGCGCAUAUGACUAUUUGGAGUGCUCCGCUAAAACCAAGGAGGGGAUCUGGGAAGUGUUCGAAACGGCGACACGGGCGGCUUUACAGAAACCACCGACACCAUCAGGUGGUUGUCUGAAAUGCUGCGUAUUGAUGUGAAUCCACUGUGACGCGCAGACGAGACGUUUCCUCCGGGCCGGAGUGUGUGUCUGAACAUGUGCGGGCUGUGGACGCUCCUUUCCGGACGCUGCUUUGUAAUCAGACUCCCUCGGCUGAAGCAAAACGAAUGAUUGUACCAAGUUGUUCUGAACACACCCUGGAAAUCAUCUGAUAUCGGGAGUGUGUGUGUGUGUGUGUGUGUGUGUGUGUGUGUGUGUGUGUGUGUGUGUGUGUGUGUGUGUGUGUGUGUGUGUGUGUGUGUGUGUGUGUGUGAAAUGCACUGGUUACAGCUUGUUCUUUGUGGGUCACGUGAUCCCAGUCUGACUUGUGGAGGGGGAAAAGGACAAAUCACAUUCAUUUCAAUGGAAAGACUUUUUUUUUAUCCCCCUCUCAUGCCUUUCCAAAGGCCUGCUUGCAAGCCAAGGUUUAUAUUGCUCACUGUUCUUUGUGUUUCCAGUGUGUUUACGUAGGCCACUGCCUUACUGCCAAGGUUAUACUUUGUAAUAAGCAAAGCAGAAUAAUUGCACUGUUAUUUAUGUCCACUUUGUAUUAUAACACGACUGUACUAAGUUUGUGAAAUUGCACAGCAUCUGUACACUACAGUAAUUUGCAGAAAUUUUUAUAAAGCCCACAGUGUUCUGUAUAGUUCUUUGGAUGUUUAACGCUACAAUUAAGUUUACGGUUCACAAAGUCAGACGUCUCAGGUUUGUUAGUUGGAGCCAAACCCCAAAAAAGUGUGUUUUUGAUUCCUCAGUAUUGAAUGCCUGAUUUUAAAGUUGUUAUGCAAAAGGCCAAAUUUGACCCCAUGUUUAGGAGACGACAGAUUGGCCAAUUCUGAAAAAGGGCUAAACAUGUUGAGUGUAGUGUUGCAAACAUUCAGGCAGAUAUUCUUAUACAGUGGACAGUUUGCUAAGCAUGUUUGUACCCCAUGUUUCAUGCUCAGAUGUGGCUAUAUUAACUAAUUCAAUCUGUAAAUAGUGCAGCCAGACAAUACUUUUUCCUCACAGCUCACCUGAACCAAAUCAUUUGAAGCAUACACAGUAAUGCAGUCUACAUUUAGCUGUACAGAGACUGAUGUGACUCAUUUGUCUCAAAACUGCUGGACAUUUUAUGUUUUAGCUGCAGCUUUAUUUACAGUUAUGAUAUUUCUAACAGAAGAUUGAGCAUGUGAGAUGGUUCAGCAUGUGAGUACUUUGCUCAGUGAAACGUGUUUUCUCAGAAAAUGUAACAAAACUGCUUAUGUUUAUGAGCAAAUAGCACAUGCUCAUGUGGGAUGAAGCCAUCUGAUGGCAAUUAAACACUUCAGUGGAAGUUAAUCGUGCUAUGUUAUGAUCAGCACAAUUUUACUAAACAUAUGUGAACUCGAAAUGAUUUAUUAAGCUGUAAAAAGCAGUUGAACUGAAUUAGUUGAGAAACACUAAAUACUAAUUUUGCAUUUCAAUGUCUUCCAUGAUGACGAUGAAUGUACCUCAGAUUUAUGUGGUCAAAAACAUUACUGGCAACAGAAAAGAAUUAAACUGAGUCAACUUUUCAUACUUUUGAAACAAAGUCACCUAGAGUUUGAUGUGUGUGCACAGCAGCGUUGUGUAACUGUCCUACAUGAUGGUGGGAGUUCUUGUUCAAAUGACAGCUAUGAACAUCAAUUACAGAGACUCUUGCUACACUGGGGAUCCUGGCUAAAACCCCGGUGGAUUUACUGUGCGACUUGUGCAUUUAAUGGUUACUGGGGACAAAGAAGUAGCAUUUUUUGUUUGAACAUGUAACUUUUCAAUAGUUCACAAAGUAACCACAUCACAGAUGCAUCUGAGUAUAAAAGAGUGUAUCUUUUACAAAUAAAACCAGAGUUACGAUGGUGUAAAAGUCACAUUCCUCCCUGCCUUCUGUUGCUGGGCUUUUUGCUGACUUACAGGACAGGAAUGCAUUGUGCUGGACUGGUUAAUUUUCCCACACUGGCCCCCCUCAUGUGCCUCUGAAUUACAAUGUUGUUGGGUUAUUAUUCACUGAUCAGACAGUGCAGUUUUCAUCUUCUUUAUUUGACCAAAACACGAAGAAGAAAAAUAGUUCAAUGUGCCAAACUUAUAUCUUUGUAAGAGUUCAGCAUAGUCAUGACGACAUCAAUUACACAGUGCUUUUUAUGGUGAAAUGGUAUUUUGGAAACAAUGGAAAAUUUUCUGAGGAAAAACAAUACAGAAUGCAAGGGAACAAAUGGUACUGUUCUGGGAAAGUCAAUAAAAAAAAUCAAUGUGUGUCACCA